UAUGGCAGGUGGGAAGGUCUAGAUAAGCAGGUCAAAGAUCAUGAAAUAGUUUGGCCCCCAAUGGUGGUCGUCAUGAAUACAAGAUAUGAGCAGGAUGAAAACAAGAAGUGGAUUGGAAUGGGGAAUCAAGAGCUUCUUGAUUGCUUCAGCGAGUAUGCUGCAUUGAAGGCUCGUCAUUCAUACGGCCCACAAGGGCACCGAGGCUUGAGUGUUUUGAUUUUUGAGCCUUCAAUAGCAGGUUAUUUGGAAGCUGUGCGUCUUCAUAAGCAUUUUAAAGAGCAGGGAAGAGAUAGGGAGGGUUGGACUCAAUGUCAGAAUCCAUUUGUCCCAGGGGGAAAGCGCCAGCUAUAUGGUUACUUGGCUUCUAUGGAAGAUAUAAAUGUUUUCAACAGGCACCAUGCAGGGAAGUCAAAACUGAAGUUUGAAAUGAGGUCAUACCAAGAGAUGAUUGAGAGCAAGAUAAAGCAAAUCAAUGAUGAUGCACAGCAGGUUGACUAUUUCAAGAGAAAGGCAACUAAAGAGCAAAUCAAAUCACAAGUCCUUGAAGCCUCUUUGUGUCAAAUCAGUGAGAAGUUACGCCGGACCUUACAAGAAAACCGUGUUGUACGACAACGUACUAAAAUACAGCAAGACGAGAACAAGGAAGAGAUGGAUGCACAAGAACAGUUCUUCCUUGAACAAAUUCAGAUCAUUCAACAAACUAUAGAUGCAAAGGAAGAUAACUUUGAGAAAUUUCAGCAGGACAAGCGAGAAAAAGUAAAACAAUGUUGUGGAGGUUUUCCUGAGAAUGAGGACCACAAGCAAAGUGUGGAGAGAUUGUCCAGUUUCAUAAGGCUCCAAGACAAUGAGAUGAGGGAAUUUGAGGCUGAGAGAGAUAAAUUGGUAAAGAUUCAUGGAGAGAAAAAGUUGGCUCUCAGGAAGAAGCUGUGGCAGGAAGAGCUCGAGCUCGAGAAGGAGUUUGAAAAUGAACUGACACAGCUCAUGAACAGAUUUACUUCAGGCCCUUCUGAGGAAGAAAAUGACAGGAAAUGAAUGUGGCAAGAGCGCAUGUAUCUGCAUGAGCUAGAGAUCAUGCAGAGAAGUGGCAAAAAAGCUUAUCUUCAUGAGAUAGAUAGAUUAGUUGCUCUUAGACCGGCAUAAAUUUUGCUCUGUUUCACUCAUCCUUCAAACUAGGGAAGAGCUUGAAUAGGUUGAUGUGAACGGUUUUGAUCCCAUUUAAGCCAUUUGUGGUUUAUUUUAUUCA